UGGAAGAAGACCGGCUCUUCCGGGAAAAUGGCGGCCCCCGCUGGAGCCCAGCAGUCCCUGUCGGCCGCGGAUCCGGCGCUUGCUGCGGGGGCUGCGGACGACGCCGAGGGCCCGCCUCCUGGCCAGCCUCAGUCCCCGCAGAAUGUCCUCGCUGCCCCGCGGCUUCGAGCCCCCAACUCCCGAGGAUUGGGGGCAGCGGAGUUUGGCGGAGCUGCGGGAGAUGUUGAAACGCCAGGAGAGACUUUUGCACAACGAAAAAUUCAUUUGCAAAUUGCCCGACAAAGGUAAAAAAAUCUUAGGUUCAGUUGCCAAGCUGAAAGCUGCCAUUGUAGAACAUGAAGAAGUUAGAAAGAAAAGUGACCUGCUUCACCGGAUUAGUUUAGACUGUAAGCCAAGACAGGAAGCAACUGCUUUUGUGGACGAGGACACGUAUAAGGCGCAGAAUCCUGACCAGACACUUGAUACUUCGUCACAAGUUCCCAGCUGUUCCUCUCUGGAUAACAUCAACUUGUCCAAAACAACUUCACAGCAACAGGAAUUUGUACAACCUGCCCAGAAUGGGGGUGAGGAGGCUGCAGGGGUUGAGGACCCAGCAAACAAGUGCCCAGUUUCCAGCAGCAAAGCUCUUGGGCAUCUCCCUCAGCCUCAUGUUCCAAGUCUCGUAGAAGGUCAGUCCAGCAGCUCUGGCAGCCUAUUUAUCAAUAGGUUACAGAGGAUCACAAUCUCAGACCCAAGCGAAAACACGAGUACUGAGCAGCUCACCGGCCUUUCUGAUGGGACUCAGAAGAAGAAACCCCAUUACAUGGAAGUGCUAGAAAUGAGAGCCAAGAACCCAGUGCCCCCAUCACAUAAAUUUAAAACUAACGUAUUGCCUUCACAACACAGUGAUUCAUCCAGUCGUUGUCAGGGAGCGGGGUCCCCUAUUUCCUCGGAAGAGAGGCGGCUGAGGGAUAAGAAGCAUCUUGAUGACAUCACAGCAGCACGCCUUCUACCACUUCACCAUAUGCCUGCACAGCUGCUCUCCAUAGAAGAGUCUCUGAGUCUUCAGAAACAGCAGAAACAGACCUAUGAGGAGAUACAAGCUAAACUUGCAGCCCAGAAAUUAGCUGAAAGACUGAACAUUAAAAUGCAGAGCUAUAAUCCAGAGGGAGAGGCUUCCGGGAAGUACCGAGAAGUAAGGGAUGAAGAUGAUGACCGGUCCUCUGAUGAGGGGCCCUGAAGGGGAGCGUCUGGAUUAUCCCAAGUCGGUGCCUGUUGAGAUGCUGUUAUCUCAUGUCUGACUUUCUAACCAGUGUCAAGAUCAGUGUCGGACUUGGUAGAAGGGAAGAGAAUUGUAUAAAACGACACAAAGGUAGCUAUAAAGAGUACCCACGUUGUCCUUUGGGAGAUGAAUUUCAUGCGCUUGACGUGUUCAGUAUUUGACUACUAUGUUCAACCACAUUAAAAUAAUUUUUUGCAGUA